AAAUACUCAUUUGAGAAUUCAAAAAUAGAAUGAUAGUCAAGUAAAGCUUUUAAAUAUUCACAGUAGUCAGUACGGUUAGUAACCUCUAGCAUUUAACAUCUAAAAAUUUGUUUUUUAUGAUAAACGAUUGAGGUAAAGAUAAUUUUUUUUUAAGUUGCUAUUAAAAUUGAUGAGUAAGACUACUAAAAGAAAAAAAAAAGUUAUAAAGAAAAAGAAGUCAACAGUAAUGUUUUUUGAGUUACAAAGGUGUACUGGCAUCAACUACAGUAGAGUCAACAUUGAGUUAAAUUAUGAAUUAAUAUUAGUAUUUUAGUUAACCGAACAUUAUCAACAGUUUUCAAACAUAUUAAUAUUGACGUCAACAUUUAUUUACUACAGUCAGCAGAGAUUUUCAACUUUUUCAAGUCAACAUCACCAUUGUCUGUCAACUUUUAAGUCAACGUCAAUAUUUAGUUCAAAUUUUGAGUCAACAUCGCCAUUGAUUUCCAAGUUUCAAGUCAACAUCACCAUUAUCUGUCAACUUUUAAGUUAACGCCCAUAUUAACAUCGAUGAUUUAUUAACAUCACUAUUAAUUGUCAAUUUUUAAGUCAACAUCAACAUUUAUUUGAAAUUUGAGUUAACAUCGCCAUUGGUUUUCGAGUUUCGAGUCAACAUCGCCAUUGGUUUUCAAGUUUCAAGUCAACAUUGCCAUUUUCUGUCAAUAUUUCAGUCAACAUCAACACUGGCUGUCAACUUUUACCUUAACGUCUGCAUUGAUGUCAACAAUUGUUUAUCAACACCACUAUCGAUUGUCAAUUAUUAACGUCAACAUUGACAUUUAUUUCAACUUUUAAGUCAACGUCAACAUUGGCAAUCAACUUUUAAACCAACUUCAACAUUGAUCAUCAACUUCUCAGUCACCAUCGAUAUCGAAGUCAAAAAUUAUCCAUCAACAUCAAAAUUUACUAUUAACAUUGAUUUUAAAUUAAUAUAAUAGCUAUCAAUAUCCCAAUUUUGCGAUGGCAUAAGUUACGUAAUCAACAUCAUUCUGACGAUAACAGUAACUUUAUUAUCAACAUUGAAAAUAUAUCAAUUCAACAUUUAAUGAGUCAACUCUGAUUAACAGAAUUAAGUCAACAUUAAAAACGCUUAUCAACAUUUUCUGAAAUAUUUACCAAAAAAAUAUUCUAAAAUCAACCCUACUAAUUCCCAUAUCAACAGAUUCAUAUUAAAAUCAACAUCAACUGAUUCAACUUUCUAAUCAACACGAAAAUUUUAAAACGAAGUACAGUCAUGACUAAAAUGCGAUCAUCAUCACGAUCAUGCAAUUCAUCAACAACGUCAGUCAACGGAGACCCACGUGAGAAAAUAAAAGACUGCUGCCGAAAAUUGGUCGCAUUCAUGUGUACCCAGGUUGGUGUUGGAGGUCUCGUCGUAGGUUACGCAAUUGUCGGUGCUAUAGGAUUUAGCAACAUCGAAACACAAGUUGAGUAUCCUCAUAUUGAAGAAGUGCGGCUACUGCGUAAAAAUUACAGUGCAAAAUUGUGGACAGCAACUGCUGCUGAUCGGCAUGUAAAUAUUCUCAACAAAACGGCUUUUAGACGACACACCGACGGGUUGUUGAAAGAAUUCCAAAUAGAAAUAGUAAAAGCCGUUAAACUUGGUUACAAUGGUAAAUCUGCUCAAGAUGUUUGGUCACUGCCUGCUGCAUUGAUGUUCUGUUUAUCAGUUUUUACCAUGAUUGGAUAUGGUAACAUAGUCCCAAGAACAAUGUUGGGCAAAGGGGCUACUGUAGUUUACGCCAUUUUUGGUAUUCCUCUAUACGUUUUAUAUUUCUUGAACAUGGGCAAAGUUCUCGCCCAAACAUUCAGAUGGCUGUACAGAUGGUUCCACGAGUGCACUGGACGUAAAAAACCAGGACAAAGGAUAAUAGUCCCGUCAACAGCAUGUCUGUGGGUAAUCUUUGGUUACAUCCUGGUAGGGACUAUCAUGUUCGCACAGUGGGAAGAAUGGGACUAUUUGGAUAGCGCUUAUUUCUGCGUAACUUCACUUUGCAAAAUAGGCAUGGGUGACUUUGUACCUGGUGCAAAUACCGUCGAAACUGAAAGUCGAAGCCACCUUAAAUUAGUUAUUAAUUUCAUUUACUUACUUUUGGGACUGGGGUUGGUUGCGAUGUGCUACAAUUUGAUGCGUGAAGAUGUGAGAGAAAAAGCCCGUGAGUUGCGUGAAGAAAUAAUUGACGCUUUUGAAGAGUUUAAGUAUAGAAUGGUACACUGCUGUCGUGGUAAUUGAAUACGUCGCUCAGCAUGCUACUUGAGAGACGACCUUCAGAAAACCUCUUGCGGAAGGUUAAAACAAGAUUUGGAGAAGUGGAUUUCGUAAGUAUACUUUUUGCAAAUUUCAUGGAGUCUUACUUAAGAUUAUUUUUGAAGAUUUACGUAAAUCUGUAGAAACAGUCUGCAGCAAUUUUUAACCAAGAUACUUAGAUAACAGUAGUAGAAAGAACUGUUGCAACUCUGAAUUUACUAGACUAAUGCUGAAUAUACAGAUCAGGAAAAAACGAAGUAAGAGUGGUCAUCUGCAGGUAUCUUAAACAAUUCUGUAGCAAA